UGAUGAGGUCCGGGCAUUAGGAGUUGGAGAAGUAACGGAUUUAAAAACUUUCUCUCUGCAAGUCCGUUUGGUCGAUAAAGCGCCACAUGAAGACUCUCUGAUUUCCAAAAGCGCAAAAUAUGGCUUUUUAAACGGUGACCGUCCUCCGCGUGCCACACAGCUCCGCGUGCUUUGCUCCAGCAGACUAACGGGAACUAUGGGGUCUUCAGCUGCUCUCGCGUCCAGCCUCUGCACCGUUUGUGCUUUUAAACAGUUUGAUGGGAGCAGACGACACAAUGGCGGCAUCGAUCCUUCGCAGGAAAAUUCCUCCCAUUUCCACAGGCGAGCUUGGCGCUCCCCCUCUCCGACAGGCUAGCCGCAGCCAAUCACGGUCCAGGACGGGGGCGGAGCCAGCGGAGAAGCAGCACUUAAUUGGUGAUGGUCACUCAGAUUGGAUGACGGAAAAAGUUGAUUUGUCUUCAUUUGUGUCAACGACCGAGUCUUCUCCGAGCUCCUCUCUUCCCCCCUCGCCAUUAGAACAGGAUGUCAAGGUGCCCUCAGAUCUGGAGGUCAUGACCUCUCUACUGCAGGAGGAGCUGGCUCAGCUGGAGGACUACUUCCGCUCCGAGUCCACAUCCACCACUAACAAGUUGGAGAAAUCCUCAAAAUGUGACAAAGGUGCCCAAGCCAUGGGCUCCCAGUCUUACUAUCAGUUACCCUAUGGCUCAUAUGGGACCAGCCAAUCAGAACCCAGCCCUGUGGUUGUUACCUUGGCAACAGGGGAACUGGACCUGGCCAGCUUCUGUGGCGGUCCCAUCAGCAGAACCAAAAUAGCCCGACCCGCUCCGUACAGCUACCACCACCGCUACCACCACAACAACGGGCGAAGACUCCUCAGCGAGGCGGUGAAAGUCGGGGACGAAGUUGGACUUGAAACGUGGGGGACCAGGGGAUGUUACUCAGGAAGCACGGAGGUGUCCGUCAACCACUACUCCACCCUGAAGACGGUCAGCAAGAACAGCAUCGGCGGCGUGAAGAAAGUGAGAGAAUGUGCGUUAUCGUUGAAGGAAGAGGAGAGUUACUGUUUCUCAGAAGGAAUGUUUUGCAGCGAAGAGAUUGCUCGAGGCUUUUGUCUGGGUGGCUCCUACGACGGCCACCACAAGCGAGAGGGACAGCUGAUGCACAACGUGAAGGUCAACGUAAGUUACGACAGCACGGGGCUCGAGGUCCUGCACUGCAGCAAAGAUGGAGGACUUUCUGGAAGUAUUCCCCAAGAGACAAUGGUGGCCGGCGAGGGCUACUUCCACCAGUCCAUGGCCAGUUCGGAGCCUUACCAUAGCUUUAUAGGAGAUCUAGAGCAGCCGUCGCAAGCACAGGCUGUAGAGCCCCAACAUGGCCACUACCUCUAUCCAGAAUGCCUUGCAGACCAAAGCUAUGAAUGUCUGUCCAGAGGGGAGGGCGAGGGGCCGCUGCUUGGUGCCCCUAUCCACCGCCCCACCCAGAGGUUAAAGGAUGAGCCCUGCUCCCUGAAACCAGCCCUGGUGAUGGGGGGAGCUUCUCUGGAUUCCAGCAGCGGAGAAAGGAAGCAGAAGAAAAGAGACCAGAACAAAACCGCCGCUCACAGGUACCGGCUGCGUAAGAGGGCGGAGCUGGACUCUCUGGAGGAGGAGCUGCACGGCCUGGAGGGGCAGAACCGGGAGCUUCGUGACAAGGCGGAGUCGGUGGAGCGAGAAAUCCAGUACGUCAAAGAUUUACUGAUCGAGGUUUACAAGGCUCGCAGUCAGCGGCUCAAACAGGACGGCAGCGCCUGAGAAAGCCGCCACGCCGAGCCGCCUGCAGCCACCGAGACCCCAGAGCUCCAAGCUGGUUCUGGGCCUGCUGUCUCACACUAAACAGAAAGGGUAGUUGCAUGAUUGUGGUAGUUCUUUUUAAAAAAAAUCAACAUGUAAUAGUUGGAAGAGGGAUGUUGAAGAGAAAAGACUUGAGAAGAAGAAUGCUGACUAAACUUUACCAAGCCUUAGCGAGGUGGCUUGAAGAGAAGAUGCUGAACUCGUCCGUGACCACUGUGACCCGAACUCUUCUCACAGCCUUGUGACGCGACUUCGUCUCCAAAACGCUCCGAUUCAGCAGAAGUGGUUGGAUUUGCUUACCGAGGCACACUCACCGAAUAUAUAUUUUAUUUUAUAUUUUUACCUAAUAAUGAUGAUGAUGAUGAUGAUAAUUUAUCAGUUGCUUAAAACAAUCAAUAAAGGGAUUGCUGGAAAAAAGUGGAACAUGCUCUGUGGAAAUGUCACAGAAACAUUGAGAGAAAUUUGUAUUAAAAUGUUGAGUAUUUACACCUCUGUCUUCACUCAGACUCCCAGUGCAUGUUUGAUUCUGGAAAAGCAUGUGUGAGUGUUGUUUGAAGGCGAUAUUAUGUUACCUGCAUGGCUUCAAAAUCUCCACGGCAACGGUUUAAACUGAGUUGACUUCCUCCUCAUCAGAGUUUGUCCCCCUCGGUGUCCUCCAUGCUCAGCUUUUCUUUCAGCCCCCCCCGCCCCCCCGGCUGUAUUUUGCGAACAAACAAUCACCUGUUGACGCAACGAAAUAAAACAAGCUUGUUGUGUUUGUUUUCUAAUUGAUGGAUUUGAUGUAUCUGAAAUUCAGGUCCUUUUAAAUAUUGAUGUCAGUGUCAGGAAAUGAUUCAUCAGGUAAAUUACAGCCAAAUAAAGCAGUUCUGUGCCACUCA